UCAUGACUCUCAGCAACAGAGAUUCCAGUCCCGAUUGCUGUCUUAAUUUGAAGAUUUACCUGCAUUUCUAUCUUAUCCUUUAGAGUGUUUUUUUCAGUGUCGUUUGUGACUUGGAAGCUUCCAGGUGGAACUCCUGUAGUGACACAAAAGACAGCUUUAUGUGAAAGAAGUCUCUGGAUGGCAGACACUGAAAAGAAAUGCUGUUUUAAGAGACACCAAAGAUGCUGACAAGAAAAAUUAAACUUUGGGACAUCAAUGCCCAUAUAACCUGCCGCCUUUGCAAUGGUUAUCUUAUCGAUGCUACCACUGUAACGGAAUGCUUGCAUACCUUUUGCAGGAGUUGCUUGGUAAAGUAUUUGGAGGAAAAUAAUACCUGCCCCACAUGCAGGAUAGUAAUACACCAGAGUCAUCCUCUCCAGUAUAUUGGUCAUGACAGAACAAUGCAAGAUAUUGUUUACAAGCUUGUUCCAGGUCUUCAAGAAGCGGAAAUGAAAAAGCAGAGGGAAUUCUACCACAAAUUGGGCAUGGAAGUACCAGGUGACAUCAAAGGGGAGACGUGCUCAGCCAAGCAGCAUUUAGAUACUCACCGUAAUGGGGAAACUAAAGCAGAUGAGAACACAAACAAAGAAACAUCAGAAGAAAAACAGGAAGAAGAUAAUGAUUAUCACAGAAGUGAUGAACAGGUAAGCAUCUGCUUGGAAUGCAACAGUAGCAAAUUGCGUGGAUUGAAGAGAAAAUGGAUUCGUUGUUCAGCACAAGCUACAGUCUUGCAUCUAAAGAAGUUCAUUGCCAAAAAACUUAAUCUUUCUUCAUUCAAUGAG